UGUACAGUCGCCAUCUUUUUGAACGUGAACAAGGAAGCAAGUGGCUUUCUGCAUUACGGACGCAGUUAUCCGGUGUCUCAACAUCCGUGCCCUUACGCGGCAUCUUCCCUUCAAGCGCAUCAAGUCAACGGAGCGCUCGUUUGUCGUCUGCUAGCCGUUAUUUUCCUCGGCGGUGACCGCAUUAUGACUAAACAAAUUGGAAUGCUUCCAGUACGUACAAUCGUCAUCUUUGGGAAAGGGAACACACGAUUGCGUCGCAAACAGCCUCUGGGAUCACAUGCUAUGCCGGGCCACGACGAGGUGCGAAGUUCAAAACUCGAUGAAGACGCCGUUCCGUAUUUAGGUUGCACCCUCCUCACUCAACACAGGUCCGAGGGGGCGAGCGUUCCACCAGUCACGCCUCUUUCAAGCAACACUACAAGUGGUGAUGUGAACAUAUUCAUGGCUUUCACCAGUCACACGCUGGUCGGCGACUACUUCACGAAGGACACAAAGCCGCAGCGCCCGCAGAGAUCCAGACCCACAUCAAGGGCUGAGGCCGAGGUCCUGUACCGAGACACCAUGGCCGAGGAACAUCGGGAAAUCUGUGUACAGCGCUGAGAGAGGAAAAAGAAGGCAGACAGCGUACAAGGCGCCAGUCGCCUCACUGGCACGUAGUGCCACAAUCUUGAUUUUAAAAAAAAACACAGAGAAAACGCUCACUCCAAUUGUACUGCUAUAGAAUGUCCUUCAAGCACUGUCAUUUCAUUUAGGAGAACAAGGGAAACACGGAGUCAAAUUGUGCUAAUAGAGUGUUCUUCCAGCCCAUUGAUUCUAUUUAAUUUGAAGAAGAAUGAUGAUUAUUACAGCAGAGAAACUGAAAGGCCAGCUUCUUAUAUAUAUAUAUAUAUAUAUAUAUAUAUAUAUACAAAAUCUUGGAAAGCUAAUGAAUUUCACUAUUUUCUCGUAUCUCGGCCUUUUAUUUCUUUUUUUUGUUUUUCUGGCCCAGAGACUUACGAAAGUUGUCAGUACAAGUAUCUGGCUUUGUCAGGAAUAAAUGUCAUCCAGUUGCUUAUUGGUAAACAAGUAUUCCCAAGCAGGCACUCUCAAACCCAUAAAGAAACGUUGAGCUACUGAUGGAUCUCCAAAGGAGCAUUUCCACCAGGGUUUACUGUUUGAAUAUUUCCUUGCUUAGGAACCUCCACUUACUUUAAGACUAAACAUUACGGUAUUUCACACAGAAUAAACAUUAGUGCGAAAAUGCUCACUUUGCCACUUUCCAGCACGCGCACAAAAUUGCAAGAGAAAAGGGGAAGUCAGUAUAGGGAGUCACUAUAGCACUACUAUCUGAAUAGCAGUUAAAUAGAGUGGUCGAGUGGCCGCCAGCGUCCUCAGUAAUUACUUUGAAGUAAUUUCAAGGUUCCACUUAUGUUCGCCCUACAGCACAUGGACCUUGCAUGCCCAUUGGCCAUGUGGGGCCUCAUCGUGGCGCCGGCCUGUGUUUUCAUUUUUUUUAUAAGCGACGGCAAAACAGACCGACUGGCCACACUAGACAAGUGUUAUUCAGAG